GGUACCAGACCUUACUUCCCUGUCCCAGCAACCAGCAACCUGCAACCGGCAACCGGCAACCAGCAACCAGCAACCAGCAACCAGAUUGGACUUCAAAAACGAGAACAACAGCAAAGCUUCACAGCCAGCUCCUCUCCUUCAAUCUCCAUCAUCCCCAAACUGAACUAA